AUGGGGUUUGUUGGCCAUCAGCUGAAGAAGACCAAAGUCGGGGCGGUGAUAGUUUCCGUCUUUGACUGGUACCCCGCCCAUUAUCCUGCAGAAGAACGAAAGCUGCUGCAUAAGCUUGAUCUCGCCAUUUUAGUGUUCGGAUGUCUAAGCUUCUUCUGCCGCUUUCUUGGUCAGAACAACAUCACAAAUGCCUACGUGUCGGGCAUGUCAGAGGACUUAAACGCCCAUGGCAAUGAGCUCAACUACUACCUCGUCGCUUAUAACACCGCCUAUGUCAUUGGCCAGAUCCCGUUAAUGACACUGCAGACAAAGGCUAGAAUCGCGCCAUUCCUGCUGCCAACUUUGCAGAUCUUCUGGGCCAUCAUUGCAUUCUGCCAGUCUCGUGUCACACAGAACUGGCACUUGUACAUUCUUCGGGCUACGACGGGCUUCCUUGAGGCUUCCUCAUUUGGAGGCACACAUUUGAUCCUCGGCAGUUGGUUCAAGGAUGAAGAACUUUUCAAGCGUGCCGGAGUGUGGUUCACUUGCAACGCCCUUGGUGGUGUCAUCAGCGGCUAUCUCCAGGCCGCUACGUAUAGCAAUCUUCAAGGUGUUUUGGGCCACACAGGAUGGCAGUGGCUCUUCCUUAUCCAGGGUGUCAUCACUCUUCCCACAGCUUUCAUCGGCUUCGCCUUCUGGCCAGGUCUUCCCAUCUCGCCGAAGCGAUGGUACUUCACCGAUGAGGAGCACGCGCUGGCAGUCAAGCGCAUUCCUGUCGUUGAGAAGGAAGGCAUCACGUGGAAGACGUUCAAGUACACUCUUUCCCGGCCGAUGUGGUGGAUCUGUGUUCCCUGCUACAUCUGCCUUUGCCAAGCUGCCUACUGGACGGGUUACAUGCAGCUCUGGCUCAAGAGAUCUGGCUUCUCGGUACAGCUCGUCAACAUCCUGCCGACAUUCAUUGACAUUAUCCGUGCGCUGUCGUCAUGGCUGGGCACGACACUGGCCGGCUGCCUGAGCUUGCGCGGGAUAUGGUCCUUCCAAUUCACCUUCAUGUUCUUUGCUUGUAUCGUCCUCGCUGUGUGGAAUGUCCCGGACGUCCUCAAGUUUGUCGCCUUCUACUGCGGCGGCUUCUCUGGCAUGGCUUCGCCAAUCUUGUACUCCUGGUUGAACACGACGCUCAAAGAGAACUAUGGCGAGCGCGGCCUCAUCAUAUCCUCCAUGAUGACGCUCGGCUUCUGCAUGCAGAUCUGGGUGCCUCUGUUUACCUACCCAACCGUCCAAGCGCCUCGAUUCCCGAAUGGAUACCCGGCGUCUGCAGUCUUCGAGUUCGCCAUGUGGGCAUUCCUCAUGUUCGGAUCCUGGUACAUGGCGCGCUGGAAGCUGCGUCAGCAGGGGCGAAGCGACGUGGAGAACCCCGCCACCACCGGCGAGACGCGGGAGAGUGGCGAUGUCACAAACCUGAGUGUCGACCAGGACGAGAAGCGUGCUGCAGUCUCUGGCGUUGCGGUCAGCGGCGUCGAGGGCUCGACCAGUGGUGGGUCCAGCAUUGAUGGACGUAAGUCAGUGGACGAGAUUUAUGCCAGUGGCCGUGAGGGGGCGAAGACGCAUUGAUCAAGUCAAGCUCCUACAUGGUGGCGGAGCAGACGAAGGGUGUACUGUUGUGGAAGGGACGUCCUGAGGGCAGGUGUCCUAGGUGUCGGUCAUACCCAAGGCUCAGCGACGGAUGAAUCACGACUUGCGGCACGGUACUGGCCUUUCAGCCCACUUAAAAGCCAGCCUGGAUGUGGUAACGUCACCGUACGAGGGCUGCGACCAUGCCGGGCCCUAAAGUCAACGACAGAUAUAGACAGCUUGACAGCGAGCAGAAUGAAGUCCCACAGGGCC